CGCCGACGCGCACCUCUACAACGCGCUGAUGAAGGCGAACGUCGCGGCAGACGACCCCGGGGCCGUCCUCAGGGUGUUCCGGCAGGUUUCAGUUACUGGUACAUUCUUGGUGAAUAAAGAACAUGUGGAAAGUCACAGGUGGUCAUGUAUGUUUGGGGAUGUUGAAGUACCAGCUGAGGUUUUGACCGAUGGCACGCUACGCUGCUAUGCACCAGCACACCAAUCAGGAAGAGUUCCAUUUUAUGUGACCUGUUCAAACAUGGUGGCUUGUAGUGAAGUGCGAGAAUUUGAGUAUCGUGAUUCUGAAGCUCAUUACAUGGAUACUUCUCGUUCCCAAGCCAAUGGUGUAAAUGAAAUGCAUCUACACAUUUGUCUUGAGAAGCUACUCACUUUGGGGCCAGAUGACCAUCAAAUGCUUGCUAUAAAUUCCUUAAUGCUUGAUGGGAAAUGGUCAAAUCAAGAAUCUUCUGUCAAGGAAGUAGUUUCCACUGCUAGGGUCCAAAGUUUAAAGAAACUGGUGAAAGAGAAGCUGCAUCAAUGGCUCAUCUGCAAAGUAAACGAUGAUGGAAAGGGUCCCAAUGUUAUGUGCAAGGAAGGACAGGGUGUGAUUCAUUUAGUAGCAGCACUGGGUUAUGAUUGGGCUAUAAGACCGAUAAUAAUUGCUGGUGUCAAUGUGAACUUCCGAGAUGCUCAUGGAUGGACUGCACUCCACUGGGCUGCGUCUUUGGGAAGGUAUGCUCGCACACAUUAAAGCAAUUUGAAACAGGGAUGUCCAUGCUUAGCUAGAGUUUUAUGUAAAGGAAGCUACCUCUAUUUCUUUCCCAUCCCUUUAUCUUGCACUUUGUUUGUACUUUAGUAGGAGCUUGGACCUUUUUCUGUUAUUGAACCU